GGGGUGGGUUCGGAAGCGGCUGUUUGUUGUGGUGGGGGCCGCCAUGGUGUGCGAGAAGUGCGAGAAGAAACUCGGUACGGUAAUCACUCCCGAUACCUGGAAAGAUGGUGCAAGAAACACUACAGAAAGCGGUGGCCGCAAGUUAAAUGAAAACAAGGCAUUGACCUCAAAGAAGGCAAGGUUUGAUCCUUAUGGAAAGAACAAAUUUGCAAUAUGUCGGAUUUGUAAGAGUUCUGUCCAUCAGCCAGGGUCUCAUUAUUGUCAAGGAUGUGCCUAUAAAAAAGGCAUCUGCUCAAUGUGUGGCAAGAAGGUCUUGGAUACGAAGAACUACAAGCAAACUUCUGUCUAAUUGUAUUGAUUAGUCUUUUUAUGAACUUCUGUGUCUUUGUACAGUUACUUUUCUCUAAAAUAAUUUGUGAAUAUUACUUUCUGGAAGAUAAUACAUUUACUUGGAAUGAGAUGAGAGGUAAAGACAGCCUGAUUGUUUGCCUAGAAAUGUACAUACUAUCUGUUUUUUAUUGUUUUAGCACUAAUGUUAACUGAUACUUUAAAUUUAAUGGUUUGCAGCAACUGAUACAGUUCAAAGUGAAUGAGAAAAUCCUAGUGGAUGGGUCAAAACUACGUUACCAUCAUAACACAGAUAUGAGAUUAACACUUGUAUUCUUUUGCAGUAUCUUGAGUCUUCUGCUUGUCUGAUAGUAAUAUUUUAUAGAUGUAUAAAAUAUGAGCUUGUAUCACCUCAUUAAACUAGUAUCUUCAUUUAGUUCUAUGCUUAUAGAUAUUUAUAAUUAUUCUCACCCCAAACUAUUACAUCCUCCCUUCUAAGUAUUUUUUCCCAGAUUUUAAUGCAAUUGGCGUGUUGAAGUUAACCAACCCUACUGUAGGUAGAAACAAAAUUACACAAAUUGUUAAACUACUGGAAUCUAGUGUGUUACUCUGCCGGUAAGACUGAUUAGCUAUUCCCUUGUUAGCCUCUCAGGAGGCUUUACAUAUGGUAUCUGGUGGUCCAAGGCAAUAAAAUAAUAAGCAUCAAUUUCUAA